CAUUCAUAUGGAAGCACUGCAAACGUGAACACAUUCUGUUUUUGUCCCAGAGAAACUCAGGGAACUUUGGGGUGGUUUCAGGACACGAUGGAUUCAAAAAUGGUCUCUCUGUUGUAUGGGAUUAUUCUUGUGACUGGAAUGAAUAUCGCUGGCACAUACGCGCAGAGAGAAUGCACUAAGAGGAAAGUGGACCUUGCCUUCCUGUUUGAUGGGUCAGAAAGCCUGACAGCACGCGAUUUUAAGAAGAACAAAGACUUCAUUGCUGACAUGAUGAAGACACUUUCAAAUGCCCCUAUACAGUUUGCAGCAAUGCAGUUUUCGAAGAAGUCCCGCACUGUUUUCACCUUUAAAGACUACCAGGAAAAGACAGCAUUGGAUCUCUUAGAAAAGGAACAACACAUGAAGGACCUCACCAACACAUAUGGUGCAAUGAACAAUGUUCUACAGAGUAUUUUGAACAGCACAACAGCUGGUGCCAUUCCAGAUGCUACAAAGGUUCUAGUCAUCAUCACAGAUGGAAAUCCAUCUGACAAGGAUUGGAAAAAGGUCGUCAAAACUAUGGAUGACAGGCAUAUCACCCGUUAUGUUAUUGGGGUUGGGAAUGUCGCCCGGGAGACACUGACAGCCCUGUCAUCACAUCUCUCAAACAAGAAUACUACCUUCCCCAUGAAUGACUACGAUGGACUGAAGGGAGUCUUGGAUAGUCUACAGAAACAGAUCUACAACAUUGAAGACUUUCAGAAAAGCAACCGAUUGGACGCCCUGGAGGAGGAGAACAGGGAACUCUCCAUCUCGCUGUCAUCUGUGGAGCAGAGGCUAGCAGUAACCGAAAGAAAGUUGGAGGAACUGCAAGUGAGACACAGAAAUGCGUCAGAAACACUCUCUACUUAUCGAGACAUUAAGAGAAACUUGGAGGAGCUGCAAGUCAAGCAUAGAGAUCUGUGGAAAAUUAUUUCCCAUUACAAUGAAUGCACUAAGAGGAAAGUGGACCUUGCCUUCCUGUUUGAUGGGUCAGAAAGCCUGAAAGCAGACGAUUUUAAGAAGAACAAAGACUUCAUUGCUGACAUGAUGAAGACACUUUCAAAUACCUCUACACAGUUUGCAGCAAUGCAGUUUUCGAAGACGUCCCGCAUUGUCUUCACCUUUAAAGACUACCAGGAAAAGAAGGCAUUGGAUCUCUUAGAAAAGGAACAACACAUGAAGGACCUCACCAACACAUAUGGUGCAAUGUACAAUGUUCUACACAGUAUUUUGAACAACACAACAGCUGGUGCCAUUCCAGAUGCUACAAAGGUUCUAGUCAUCAUCACAGAUGGAAAUCCAUCUGACAAGGAUUGGAAAAGGGUCGUCAAAACUAUGGAUGACAGGCAUAUCACCCGUUAUGUUAUUGGGGUUGGGAAUGUCGCCCGGGAGACACUGACAGCCCUGUCAUCACAUCUCCUGAACAAGAAUACUACCUUCCCCAUAAAUGACUACAAUGGACUGAAGGGAGUCUUGGAUAGUCUACAGAAACAGAUCUACAACAUUGAAGAUUGACAGCGCUGUCAAUGUGCUGAUGGAUGAUGCAACUCUGGCAAAUUACAUCCCCUCCUACAGAGACCGGAUUGCCCUCUUCAAUUUCAGCAAAAGUCUCCUCUCAAAAUGAUUAGAUAGAUUACAUCAGUUUUUGUGCUCACAACAAUGUCUGCAAUGCCGGAUUUGGAUGACUUAAUAAGACUGUACUUCAGACUUUCUUUCAGUAACAAAGAAAUACUUGUAAUUUUAGCACAUAACAAUGAUAAAGAGGCCAUAUGAAACUAUCUAAGGCUAAACACAUUUUACUGUUUUUACCAUCAAAAUGAAAUUGUAUGUUUCAUAUAUUGUAUGCAUUAUGUAGAAUGUUUCAUGCAGGGACCGCUUUUAGCUCAUGAGCAUCGCUUUAGUUGAGAUCUCUUGUAAAGCCUCUUUAACGGUAAAAAGGUUAAAUGUUACUUUUAACAUUGAAAUGUUAGGG